UGGCUACAUUUUGUAGUUCUUCCUCUAUAAACAAUAUGCAGCCAGGCUCGGGUCCUGCAGAUGUGAACCAGGAGGACAAGCCCUCUGAAAAUUUGAUUGCACAAAUAUCACAGUUUGCUGACGAUAACCUAACGUUUGUCCGGAACAUCAGCACGUGUCUUGGUCUCGCGGGUCUUCUCAUCAUAGCUAGGAGCAUCAGACUGAUUACAAAAUUUGGCUCCGCUACUGAUAUUCCAGCACAAUUCAUCGAGAGAAACAUCAGUGUCAGAGGAAGAUUUAGAAACAUUACAGAAAAAGGGCUCGAAGUGGAACACAUUCCAAUUUAUGUUCCCUUGCUCAGUCGCCUACUUACUAAACCAGGUCAGCCCGUGACCCUUCUGGAUGUGCGUCUGGCUGGAGUGGAGCUGACCUCGGAAGGGCAGGACUGGAUUGGUCAACAGUUGAAGCCAGCUGAGACGGUGUGGCUCCGACUGAUCGCCCGACGGAACGAGACCCUCCACUGCCUAGUGUCAGUUAACAGGGGCUCAUUCUUUAACACCUGUGUGAAUGAGGAACUUUUGAGGCGUGGAUUGGCUAGGACUUCUCCUUUUGUGGGUCUGGACCCUCACUCUCGGAUCUAUUGGCAUCUCUAUAAGCGCUUUCUGAGGGCCGAGAGCAGAGCAGAGAAGAAAGGGAAAGGCCUGUGGAAGGAAGAGAGUCGCUGGGAGAGAGCUGCUAAUGUCUUGAAGAAUAAUAUGCUGGUCAUUUCACUUAAGAAACUCUUCAAAUGGGCAUCAUGGACUAAAGAGAAGUGAAAUAUUCCUUAAUAUUCAGAAGUUAUUUUGUUUGAAGUAUUUUAUAAAGUAUUAAUUCUAAAUGUGGUAUGUUGCUGAUCUCAGACCUGAGCUUAAUGGAUAAGGUAAGCAGCAAUUAAACUUGAAAUGAUUCAAA